CGCAAUCACUGUGAAUCACAUCGCCACUUUUCCCCACAUCCUCUCUAUCUGGAAAAGUGAAGGAGAGUGAGAGUUCAUGCCGUCGAGAUAAGGAAACGAAAGGCAAAGAAUCUCAUGAGAAACAUCGCCUAUGCUAGCCUACUGUUUGAUUCGCCACCGACGCUCAUAAAGCAAAGACCACUGUGCCCCUCCAUGUCCACUAAGUAUGGGCAGCCAGCCGAGUGUCCUGGAGCAACAUGGCUUCACAGUUGUAAGAGAAGAGGGCCAUGCCACCCUGGUGAAGUCACAGGAGGCUGAUCAGUAUCUCGUCAGACAGAUCCAUAACAGCACAGAGGAUGUUAAAGAAAUUCUCAGAAUCCUGCAGCAUCCCCAUAUCAUUGGACAUGAGAAGUCCUUUGAAGAUGAUGGAACAUUGUAUGUCUUGGUGGACUACUAUGAGGGGGGGGAUUUGUCUAAAAAGAUUCAAGCCAAGCGGGAAAGUGGAGAACAGUUUACAGAGGAAGAGAUUAAGGAUUGGGUUGUCAAAGUCUGCAUGGCACUGAAGCACUUGCAUACCAAAAACAUUGUUCACAGAGACCUAAGACCUCAGAACAUUUCCCUCACGAAAUUUGGAACAGUGUGCCUGGGAGAGCUUUUAGAGAUCAAAGAAAGAAUUGGUGUAGAGAGUGACUCUACUGGGGAACUAACUCACAUUGCCCCUGAAAUCCUGAAGGGAGAUUCAUACCAUGAUAAGAGUGAUAUUUGGUCCUUGGGCUGUCUCCUACAUGAGCUGUGUAUGAUGAAAAGUGCAUUUUCAGGAGAGAGUGCAGUGAGCCUGGUUCCUAAGAUCCUUAGCGGUUCCUAUACGCCUCUCCCUAAGACCUUCUCCAGAUCUCUCCGUCGGCUCCUGAGCGAUCUCUUACAGACAGACCCGGAGCGUCGACCUUCAGCGCAGGAGGUUUUGGCGAGGCCGUUCAUUAUUGCCUUCCUCACAGCCCAGAGUGAGCGGACGGUCGCUGAGCUCCAGGAGAGCCUGCAGAAGCUGAGGACCCUGGCUGACGGUCUGGAGAAUUUGCACUUUGGCACCACUGUGGGCAGUCUGACUGGCGGGGUGAUUGGAGCAGCUGGAGGCAUCACCUCCAUCGUGGGCCUCAUCUUGGCCCCCUUCACCCUGGGUGCCUCUCUGAUCGUGACCGGGGUGGGGGUCGGCGUCGCAGUCGCUGGUGGUGCGACCGCAGGAGUCUCUAACAUCACCAACAUGGUCAACCAGUCCACCGACCGCUACAAUGUCAAGAACAUCAUCCGUGAAUUCCAGGAGAAGAUGAACUCGGUGGUGGUCAGCCUCCAGCACAUCUGUGAAGGCCUGGAGGCCCUGAAUCUCUCAGCUGAGAAUGGGAAUGGCCCAGGGACAGGGACGACAGGAGACCUGGCCAAGGCAGGCGUCAGAAUUGGGCGAGGGCUGGGUGGCAUCCCUGAACUGAUGCGCCUGGCACAGGUGGCGAACCUGGGCAAGGUGGCAGCGCAGACUGCCAGAGCCGUGCGGGCAAUAGAAGUGGCCACUGGCAUCUUCUCGGCCUUCUUCCUGGCCGUUGACGUCUUCUUCAUCGCCAUGGACGCCAAGGAGAUCCACGACAUCCGGCAGACCUGGGCGGAGGCGUCCACCCCAGAAAGCCCAGUCCAGCUGAAGAUGCUGGACGCGGAGGACUCUGAACUCGUGGAGGAGGGCAAGCCGGAGGUGAAGUCCGAGACCAUGAAGUUUGUUCAGCAGAUCAGGGAGACGGCGACACAGCUGGAGGAGAUUCUGGAUGAGCUGAGUGACAUCAUCACCUUCCUCCCAAAAGUCGAAGCCUAAGCGCACAAUCUCUGAGCCGGACAACACCUCAGUGUUAUGAUAAGCACCUUAUCAGACAUCCUAUACCCUUUCCAUUUUGAUAUCUCUGACAACACUGAAAUGAGAGGAAAUAUGUUUCCUGACCACAUGGCUUGUUAUCUAGGCGAUUUUUUUGUACUCCUUGCUUUUUGCUCGAAAAUAUUUGAUAUCCUUUUUGAUAUAACAAUAAUGCAGUCGAUCAUCAGAUAAUUUUUGUAAUUGUAUCAAUAAAAACAUUUUCUUGCUGAA